UUCCUUUCAAACAGCUAGACUCACUAGCAUCACGCACUAUAGAGCUGCACAGUGCUUCAAAGGAGGAGAACCAGAAAGCCCAGCAGACUCACAGGAUGUUGGAGCAAACAGGUGCACAAGCAAUUGGGAAUAUCGUGCCAGUGGCAGCACAAUAUGGGCACGGAAUGGUAAGUUAUUUGAAGAGUAAAUGUGAUUAUGUGAGAAUUCUCAGCAAAAAUUUUGACAAACUUAAAACGGAAGAAAAACGACUUUGUGAUAUAGAGAAAGAUGUAAUAAAUGAGAAAGAGAGAAACCCAACAAUGGAAAUGACAAGUCAAUGCUCCGGAUGGCUUACUGAAGUGCAAAAGAUGAAAGAUAAAAUUCAAGAUCUGAGGAAUAGAUAUGAUAAUACUAGCAGACGUUUAUGCGGAUUCUAUCCAUUUCGUUCUUUGUUAAAACUUGGCAAAGAUAUAGUUACAAUGACUGGUGAGAUAAUACUUCUACGAGAAGAAGAGAAGAAAAUUACUAAAAUGGAACCAAGGCCAUCCGUCUCAGUCAUAAAGAAGCAUCCAAUGAAGAUAAAUGAUAUGCCAUCUCUUGAUGAACACGUAGAAAGACUAAUAAUGUGUCUAAAAAAUGAUAAAUUGAAGACAAUUGGCGUAUUUGGACUACCAGGAAUGGGAAAAACAACGGUAAUGGAACACCUGAAUGACAGAGUUGGUGAGCUAUUUGAAAUUGUCUUCUAUGUUACUCUACCAGUACCAGAGAUGGAGAUCGUGGAAGGGAUACAAAAGAAAAUUGUAGAGCAGUUAAAUCUACAAAUGCAAGGUCACCUGAGCAGUUCUAUCAUGGCAGACAUAAUUGGAUUAUCGGAGGUUGAUGCCAAAAAAUUGUUUCGAGAAAUAAUGGGAGAUAUAAUAGAUCAACAAUUGCGGACACCAAGCAAGAAAAUAUUGGAAGAAAUGGAAGAGUUUUACAAAGCUGUUGAACUUAUAUAUGACAGUCUAACUAAAGAUCGGCAGCCUUGCCUAUUGCAUUGGGCAAUUUUCCCUCCUGACUCUGAACUUUACCAGGAGUACCUGAUUGAGUGCUGGAUAGGAGAACGAUUGAUUGCUAAAAAUGCUAAAAAGCUUAGACCUGCCCGAGACGAAGGACAUGAAAUAGUGACUGAAUUUGAAAGUAAAUAUUUGGUGGAAAGGUGCAGGAAAGCGGGGCACUUUAAGAUGCCCCAAUUUCUCCAACAAAUAUAUCUUAAGCUCGCAUACAACAGAGAAAAUAAUUCGAAAUUUUUGGUAGCCAAAGGUGAAAUAGAAGAGCAGCAAUGGGAAGAUGUGAAAAGGGUCUCAUUGAUCCGCCAGAUGUCAUUUACUCUACCUGAUACGCCUGCUUGUAGUGAAAUCUCAACAUUGUUGCUCCAGAAAAAUCCAAGCUUGACUAAUAUUCCAGAUUUGUUCUUUAAAUACAUGCAUGAACUUUGUGUUUUGGAUUUGUAUGAUACAAGAAUCACAUCACUGCCACCAUCUAUUUCUAGUUUGAUAAAUCUAAGGGUAUUAUACCUCAACAAUUGUGUUCAAUUGGUGGAGCUACCUUCCCAGUUUGGAAAACUGAAGAGUCUUGAAAUCUACUUUCCAACACUUGUUUGCUUCCAAACUUUCAUUCAGAACUGCAUGUUAAGAAGGCGGGGAGAGACUGAAGAAUAA